AGUGUGUUUCUCGCGUGGUUUAGAAACGUGAAUGUGCCGAUACCAUAUUUACCAACAAGAACCAAAACAAACAGGGCGUUUCAAGUGCUCACAAAAUGUUCAAGUUCAAUUUUGAUGUAAACGAACAGGAUUCAUCGGAUUCCACCGAGAGUCCUUUCAAAAAGAUUAAAGUUGAUAAGGAGGAUAUUAAAGAUUUAGAAGCUGAGCAAAAAAUUGACUGGUAUAAAGCUGAAGAAGUAAAACCAAAUAAAGAGCUUCUAAAUAAUAUGGAUCUAUAUGAGCUUAAUGCCAAGGAACUAACCAUUGGAAAUACUGAAAUUCGUCAUCUUGUAGCUGGUUUUCUCCUUGAGGAUAUCAAAACAAACAACGAUGUAGAUAGUAAAGAUAUAAAACAAUCAGAAGAAAGCCAUACUGACUUAAUAGCGGGAGUUUAUGAAGGCGGAGCCAAGAUCUGGGAAUGCACCGAUGAUUUACUUUUAUAUCUAGCAAAAGAAUACGUUGAAGCCAAUUGGAAAAAUAAAUUGGUUUUGGACUUGGGCUGUGGCUCUGGCCUUUUGGGAAUAUAUGCUUUGAAAAAUGGAGCAACCGUUGAUUUCCAAGAUUAUAACAAGGAUGUUUUGGAGAAAAUAACCAUACCAAAUGUGCUUUUAAAUUGUGAAGAUGGAUUAGAAGAUGAUGUUAAAAUGGAUUUGCUGCAAACAAAAAAUAAAUUCUAUGCUGGAGACUGGAUGCAUUUUGCGGAACUCGCCGAGAAUCAUAAGAAAUAUGAUAUAAUACUGACUUCUGAGACUAUAUAUAAUAUAGAAAAUCAGCAAAAGUUGCUAGAUACGCUCAGAAAGCGUCUGCAACCGGAUGGAAAUAUUUUAAUAGCUGCUAAGUCACAUUAUUUCGGAGUUGGCGGUGGUCUCGAGCAAUUCGUUGAAGUGGUGAAAGCUGGCAAAAUCUUUCAUAGCCAGCAACUAUGGCAGGCAGAUGAAAAUUUAAAACGCGGUAUAAUUGAACUAAAAUUUCAAUAA